AAGAAGUUAAUAAUAUUUUAGGUGAUCUCAAAAAAGUUGGUUGUAAAAAUCAACUAUUGACAAAAUUCUUUCAUCUUCUGGCAAUUGUUUGUCUUAAGGAUUUAUUUCUUUUGUAAUUUUCCUCAACACAUUUCGAAAUGGAUCGUUGGGCUGGAAAAAUAGCGAUUGUAACUGGCGCUAAUUCUGGAAUUGGUUUUGCAAUCGCUAACGCAUUAGUUAUUAAAAAUAUGAUUGUCGUUGGAGUUGACAUAAAAAAGGACAAAAUGGAGAGUGAGAUAAAAAGUACUAUAAUUAGAGGAAAAUUUUAUAGUCGUUUAUGUGAUGUUUCAAAAUCAGAGAAUGUUAAAGAAUUAUUUAAUUGGGUGGAGAAGAAUUUAGGUUGUCCUCGAGUUAUAGUGAAUUGCGCUGGAAUUUUUAUCGCUGGACGAAUAAUAGAGACAAAUUCGUCAGAUUGGAAAAAAGUUAUAAAUACGAAUUUAGUUGGUUUAUUAAAUUGUUGUCAAAUUGGAGUAUCGGUCAUGAAAAAAUGUGAAGAAGAAUGUCAAAUUAUAAAUAUGUGCAGUAUUACUGGACAAAGAAUACUUAGAGAUCCAGUUCUGAAAAUGAAUGUUUAUCCGGCAACGAAACACGCAGUUCGUGCAGCAACAACAAUUUUAGAAAAUGAAUUACUUGACAGUAAAAUAAAAGUUGCGGAUAUUUGUCCAGGAUUCACUAAUACACCGUGCGCAAACAAUAAAUCGAUUGAAGGAGACUUGGCAGGUAUGCCAUUUUUAGAAACAGAAGAUGUAGCAGAAUCUGUUAUUUAUAUUUUGGGUACUCAUCCACGAGUACAAGUUAAAGAAGUGACACUUUCAGUUCAUGGUGAGAAGUUUACUACUGGGCAAAGAAUACUUAGAGAUCCAGUUCUGAAAUUGAAUGUUUAUCCGGCAACGAAAUACGCAGUUCGUGCAGCAACAAAAAUUUUGGAAAAUGAAUUACUUGACAGUAAAAUAAAAGUUUCGGAUAUUUGUCCAGGACUCACUAAUACACCUUGUGCAAGCAGAAAAUCGAUUGAAGAAGACUUUGGAGGUAGGCCACUUUUGGAAGCAGAAGAUGUGGCAGAAUCUGUUAUUUAUAUUUUGGGUACUCAUCCACGAGUACAAGUUAAAGAAGUGACACUUUCAGUUCAUGAAAUAAUGAAUCGCUGGGAGGGUAAAGUUGCAAUCGUUACUGGUGCAUCUAAUGGUAUUGGAUUAUCAAUUGCCAAGACUUUAUUUAAACAAGGAAUGAUUACCGUAGCAGUGGCGAGAAGAAAAGAAAAAAUAGAGAGUGAAAUGAAAGAUGUUAAAGGAAAAGGAAAAUUAUACGCAUUGCAAUGUGAUGUUUCCAAAGAGGAAGACGUUCAUCAAGUUUUUCAAUGGAUAAGAAAAAAUUUUGGAAAUAUUCAUGUGGUUAUCAACAAUGCUGGCACUUCAGUAAAAGGAAAAAUAAUAGAAACAAAUGAGAAAGAUUGGCAUCAAGUUAUUGGAGUAAAUAUCCUAGGAGUAUUAUAUUUCUGUAAGGAAGCGAUAAAAAUGAUGAAAGAAUUUGGCGAAGAAAGUCACAUAAUAAAUAUUAACAGCAUUGUUGGGCACAGAAUUGUUCGAAGUGUAGGCGGAUGGGAUUCGAAUAUUUAUGCUGCAACGAAACAUGCAAUAACUGCAUUAACAACAACUUUAGAACUAGAAUUAAUUGACAGUAAAAUAAGAAUGACGAGUAUUUCACCAGGUUUUACAAGAACAAUUUUUCCAACUAUAGAUCAAAAGGAUCAACCGACGAAAGACAUAGUGAAUACUGCGCCUAUUAUGGAAACAGAGGAUAUUGCGGAAGCAAUUGUUUAUAUUUUGGGAACACAUCCACGUGUUCAAGUGACAGAAUUAACAAUUAAACCUCUAGGUGAAACGUUUUAAUUUUUUUUCAGUUCAAUUAAAAUUACAUGUAAAAAUCAAUUAGUUCCUAUUUUCUCUAUAAAAUAAAGUAUCAAAUAAUUCGAAAAUAUUUCAAAGUGGAAAUA